ACUGCUCGAAGGCGGCGUCGGCGGCGGGCGGCAGCAGCAGCAGUCCGUUUCCACACACGCCGUGUGUUGUAGUCGGUGUGUGUGUUCAUCUCGCAUCACGUUUAUUGUGUGAACCGUUCGCGGGCGGCGCUCGCGCUCUGACGCAGUUAUUGCCGUGUGUUUGUUUGUGUACGUGUGUACAUGUGUGUGUCGGUUCGCGUGACACAAUUUGCGUGCACUAAGACCCCAUUAGCCGACGCCGUGAGUUUCCGUCGGCCGCAGGCAUCAGUGGCGAACGGGGCACCGGCGUGCGCGCGUUCGCUUUUCGUCGACGGUUUUCAAUCGCUCUUCGAUAAGAGAUAGACUCUUGCCUCGCAUUUUUUUAUUUAUUUAUUUAUUUAUUUCAUAUCGUUUUCGACUCGACGUAUCUAUCACCUUUAGACCGGACGACAUCCGUCGUCAUCGCAAACAAUCGUGGUGUUAUGAAAUCGGGCGGACGCGCGUCCGGCGAUACGUGUAUAGUAUUGCAGUGAAACCUACGUCAGACCGACCCUCGUCGCCACACCCCGCGCACCGUUGCCUUGUCACAGGUGUAGUUCGGUCGCCGCGCGACGAUGAUGGACGACGACGACGACUAUAGCAAAACGUGCGGUCCCGUGCUGGACCGCCGGAACCCGGUAAAUCUGGACGAGCUGUUCGUGCCGCUCGGAGCCAAGUCCAAAGAAUGCGACAACCUGCUGGCCGUGGCCGAGGAGGAUUCCGGGGCCGAAGACGAAGUGGCCGCCGCGGAUACGGUCGCCACCAAGGCCACGAGCUUGGUGAACGACAUAAACACGAGAUUUUCCAACGAUUGCACGCAAACUGUCGGACCGUACUUGGAUAUGGCCGACCCGUCGCGCAAGGUCAGUGUCCGCGAUCUGUUUAAACCGCUGGACUGCAAGUCUAAAGAAGUACAGAAUUUAGCCGAAGAACGAUCGUCGGACGACGACGAAGACGACCACCACAAAACCGAGGGUGGUGGUGACUACCAGUCGACAGGUGCGGAACACGACCAACAACAAACCCAGACCUGCGGGCCCGUCCUCAUUGAUAGUGGCAGUUAUGGCAACUCGCCGGCUAAACAGCAAUUGGAGCGGAUUUUCGAUCAAAAUCCGGAAGAGGGUAACAACGACGAUCGUGAAAAGGAACAACAGCAACAACAACAGCAACAGCAACAACAACAGCAACAACAACCACCGUCGCCGCCGCCGCAACAAACCAAGCAGGAGAAUGAUCAGCAGCCUCCCCGACAACCGCCGGACGGCGCCGAAGAAAACGCCCAGCCGCCGGCGCCGUCGGCGGCCGACGCGAACGACGCCGACGACGACGACAACAACGACGAAGACGGCGGCGGCGGCCCGCGACGGCCGCCCGCCAACCCCGACCACGGUAUAUUGACCACCAAAGACGGCACGCCGCUGAUCCGGUUGCGGAGCAAGAAAUCCAUUAUGGAAUCGAGGUUCAAGCUGACGAUGCGCACGUGGGACGACGUCUGGAAGUCCACGGCCUGGGCCAAGUUCGCGCCGGACAAGCUGAAGCACACGUUGCAGAGGUCGGCCCGGAACCAGGGCGAACUGAAGGCGGGCGACUCGACGUCGUCGAAGAAGCAGACGGCCACGGCGGCGGCGAUGGCCGCGGCCGGCACGACCGCGACCGCGGUGCCGGUCAAGAAGAGCCGGUUCCGGGUGCAGCACGUGCAGAUCGACGACCAGCCGUCGGUGAUGGCGUCGGCCAAGCGGUCGUCGCCCAAACCGCCGCUGUCGUCGUCCAGCGGCAGCAGCGACACGGACAGCGACCGGCUGCCGGCCGGUCUGCCGAUGAUCGAGAGCAACCUCAACGAGCUGACCAUGGUCGAGUCGCAGCUGAAGAAGCUGGAGCGGGAGCACGAGGCCAAACACCAGUUGCUGACGCCCAAGAACGACGGCGCGGCCGAGAAGUCGACGUCGACGGCCGACGACGGUGGCCACAAGCAGCCGCACCAGCAACAGCGGACCGUCGGCAGCGGCGGCGGCGGCGGUGUGGGCGGCGGCGACGGGAAAAAAGACAAGUCGCCCGCCACCAAGGUGGGCUCCAGGGCCGCGGAAACGCACUCCAAACGGUUGGGCUGGCUGAAGGCGUUCCGGCGCAAGUCGUCGGCCGACACGAGCUCGGACGCGACGGCCGCCGCGGCCAACCCGCCGGCGGCGGCACAGGCCAAGCCGGUCAAACACAAGCAGCAGACGGCCGCGGCCAAAUCGUCGGCGGCCGGCAGACAGUCGUCGUCGCCCAGACAGCAACAGAAACAACGCGCCUCCUCGACGGCCGGCGGCUCCAGGCCGAGACAACAGCAGCAACAGCGAGCGACAAUGGGCAGUGAUGCGGCCACAAAUAGCAGUUCUACAGGAGGAGGAGUUGGAGGUGGUGGAGGCGGAGUAGGUGGAGGCAGUGGUGCCUCUACAGUGACAAGUACACGCGGAUCGUCUCGCAGCCGUUCGUCGGAAGAGCCACACAUUGGCAAGUACAAACUGCUCAAAACCAUCGGCAAAGGCAAUUUUGCCAAAGUCAAACUCGCCAAACAUGUACCUACCGGGAAAGAGGUCGCGAUUAAAAUCAUUGAUAAAACUCAAUUAUUACCCGGAAGUUUACAAAAACUUUUUAGAGAAGUUAGAAUAAUGAAAAUGUUGGACCAUCCGAAUAUAGUUAAAUUAUUACAAGUUAUAGAAACUGAAAAAACACUAUAUUUAGUUAUGGAAUAUGCUAGUGGAGGUGAAGUAUUUGACUACUUGGUAUUACACGGGCGCAUGAGAGAAAAAGAAGCAAGAGCCAAAUUUAGACAAAUUGUUUCAGCAGUCCAAUACUGCCAUCAAAAAAGAAUCAUACACAGAGAUUUAAAGGCUGAAAACUUAUUACUGGAUAGUGAAAUGAACAUAAAAAUAGCAGAUUUUGGAUUUAGUAACGAGUUUACACCUGGUGGUAAACUUUACACGUUUUGUGGUAGUCCUCCGUAUGCCGCACCUGAAUUAUUCCAAGGAAAGCGUUAUGAUGGACCAGAAGUUGAUGUUUGGUCAUUAGGAGUUAUUCUAUAUACUUUGGUUAGCGGUUCUCUGCCUUUUGACGGUUCCACCCUAAGAGAGCUAAGGGAAAGAGUAUUGCGUGGCAAAUAUAGAAUACCGUUCUACAUGUCAACAGAUUGUGAAAAUUUAUUGAAAAAAUUCCUUGUUUUAAAUCCACUUAAAAGAGCAUCAUUAGAGGUUAUCAUGAAAGACAAAUGGAUGAACCUAGGUUGCGAAGAAGAUGAACUAAAACCUUAUGUAGAACCAGAACAAGAUUUUAAAGAACCAAAACGAAUAGUCUGUCGGGUUACAGAAAUAUUAAUUGGAAUGGGUUAUAGCCGUGGAGAAAUAGAAGAGAGUUUAUCUCAAGCUAAAUAUGAUGACAUAUUUGCUACUUAUCUUUUACUAGGAAGAAAAUCUAACGAUCCCGAAAGUGAUGGUUCUCGAUCUGGUAGUUCAUUAUCAUUAAGAGGAAUCACUGGACCAAAUCCUGGUGUAAAUAAUACCAACAAUGUAGCAGCCGUGAACAAUACUAAUCAAUCGCCAUCACAUCGCGGUGUACAUAGGUCAAUAUCUGCUACCAAUUCCAAACCUAGCAGAAGGGCUUCAUCUGGUGGUGAGACUUCUGCUUUGAACACAAACCAUCCAAAUUCUAGCAAUGUUCCUGCUACUAAUAAUACAUCAAACAAUCAACAAGCAACCCAUAACUCUACAAAUAAAACAAGUACUACCAAUUCAACCAAUCACAAUCAUAAUGUGGCCAUUCCAAGUACUAAUUUCAAGCGACAAAAUACUAUUGACGCUGCCAGUAUCAAAGAAAAUACAGCUCGACUUAAUUCUAGACCUGAAAAUAUAAUAGGACCAAAACAACGGUCAAUGGUUCCCGGAGGGUCAGUUGGUAGAAGGAGUACAAUCAGUUAUGAUGCUAAAGCAGCCGUAUCAACUCCUCCUGUAAUGGAUCCAGCAAGUGCGUUGGCUGUACCUAAUUCUGGUUCUGGAUGUGGAGAUACACGAUCCAAAGGUCACGUCAAAUCUGCCUCUGUGUCUAGUGCCACAGAACAUGCCACAGAACCUCCUGCCCACCCGAGGGGUGUCACUGUAUCACCUGCAUCACCAGCAGUCAAUAGCCGACAGCCAUUCCCAAGGAAUGUGCCUAGUCGCCAGACUUUCCAUUCAGGUCAAAACAGACAUAGAGGUUAUACUGGCGUUGGACCUACUAACAACACUGGCAGUCCACAUGAUCCAUCUGUGCAAAGGCCAUCAUUCUUUUCAAAAAUAUCAUCCAAGUUCGUUAAACGGCCAAUGGAUCAAAAUCUGCCCAAAAAUAAUAUUGUUAGUAAUACAGUGAAUGACGAUCAAAUGAAACCGAGAUCGUUGAGAUUCACAUGGAGUAUGAAAACGACGUCUACAAGAGACCCAAACGAGAUUAUGGCUGAAAUAAGAGAGGUGCUGGACGCCAACAAUUGCGAUUACGAACAGCGCGAGCGCUUCCUGUUGCUGUGCGUGCACGGCGACCCGAACACCGACUCGCUGGUCCAGUGGGAGAUCGAGGUGUGCAAGCUGCCCAGGCUGUCGCUGAACGGCGUCCGGUUUAAGCGCAUAUCGGGCACGUCCAUCGGGUUCAAGAACAUUGCGUCAAAAAUAGCCAACGAUCUAAAGCUCUGACUACACACCGAAAACCUGCCGUCCACCGACGAAUAGGUUUUUUGGUUUCCGUACGAAAAAAAAUUACACACACCCACACAUCAACCCGCACACUCACCACCCAUACACACGCGCGCGUGCGUGCGUAUAUAUUAUGCACACACGGACCGGACGAGAACGGGAGCUGCGCGUAUACCAUCGAAUAACAAUAAUAUUAUGAUAUUGUAUUAUUAUUACUAUUAUUAUUAUUAUUAUUAUGAUUAUGAUUAUUAUUUUUAUUAUUAUUAUUAUGCCUGAAAUAUUAUAUGAUAUAUUAUUAUAAUAUUUUAUAGUCUAUAACCGACAACAACGAAAACGCGUCGACUGCUACGACCAACCAUGACCCGGUCGUCGUAUCAUACAAAUACGUACCUAUUAUAAAUAUACACACAACUCUCCAUACUCAUCUUAUAAAUAUAUGAAAAAAAUAAAAAACAUUUUUAGACGAAACGGCGGUUGGACGUGUCUUGCUCAGCGCCUACUGUUGUUCUUAGACAAACACAGCUGUGUUCCGGAAAAUCGAUUUUGUAAAAAAAAAAAAUAAAAUAUUUUUUUUCAAUGAUUUUUGUUUUCGUUAUAUGAUUUUUAAUUUUGAUUUGAUUUUUACUUUUUUUUUUAAUUUAAUGUCGUUUUGGUUCAUUUUCAUUUUCGAUAAUCUAAUAUACACCUUUGAUUUUUACUAUAUGAAUUAAUUUUAAUAAAAUAAAUAUCGUUAGAAAUGAUCGCCCCAUCACCCCCUUCACCAAUACACACAAAUAUUGCUACUUUAUUGUUAACGACCAGAAUUUUAUGAUUUUUACUGAUUUUUAAAUUAUUUUCAAAUUUUACUUACGUCUCUAGCUUAAACCUAUGCCAUUUCUUAUAAAUAUUUUUAUGUGUACUUACUUCCAAUAGAUAAUUGAAUUAUACAAAACAUAUUAAUUACUAACUGUUAAUUUUGGCAGUUAGCAAACAUGUGCUUUAGUUAACUAUACCAAACAUUUUGCUCUUCAGGGGUGUCUUGGGUAUUUUGAAUAUAUAUUCGUCCGCAUGCCCAUUAGUUUUAAUACUAUUUAUUUAUUUAUUAUAAUUUUUUUUUCAUGCAUAAAUUUAAGAUUUAUUAUUAUUUAAUAAUGCUAGUGAAAGCCACUCGAGUUAAUACGCUGUAGAAUUUUAUUGAAAUACGUGGAAAUAAAAGGGGAGGGGUUACAAUUUACGUACCGCUUUUAUAAUAUUAUAAUCUAAUAAAAUGAAUUGUCGACAUCAAAAGUAAUAUUGUAAUCGGUACCUAGUUCGAAUACCAUACAUAACGAGAUUACAGCCUCAACCAAUAAAUAUUAUUACUAUUUUUAUAUUCAUAUUAAAAUACAUGUAUGUUUGUUCUAAAAUGCCCGUUAUUAUAUGUGAUAUAGCAAUAUUUAUGGCAAUCCCCCCUUCCUUUGACUGAUGAUCUACCGUUUUAAAGCAGAAGUGUUUAAAUAUUUACAAUAAUAAUAUUAUAUUAAUACAUUGUAGAUCAUCAUAUCGUAUGAGAAUUGACUCUCACGUGUAAUAUAUUAUAUAUGUAUAUGUUAAAUAUAAAUAUAACAAAGAGGUAUCGUAUGAACGAAGAUCUUUUUUAUUAAUGCAUUUCUUUAUAAUACUCAUAUAUAUUACGUAUAUUGGUCUCGCUAAUUAAAAAAAAUUGUUGUUACUAAUCACUACAAGUAGUUCUGAUGAUAUAGGAUCAGCGGAGUGCUUUGUGUAAUAUUUUCUAAAAAAUAAAAAAUUAUAUCUAUUGGCCCACCUAUCUUGUAACACUUGGCGUUUUUUACGUUUUCGUGCAAGCAUAAAUGUUGGCUACGUUGAGUAAAUUAUUUAUUCAACAAAAAAAUUAUUUAUAAGCGGUUUAAUAAAUUGUUUCAUAUAUAUGUAUUUAUUAAAUGUUUUGAUAUAAAUUGUGUUUUAAGAAAUCAACAGCUCUGUAUGUAAUUUGUAUUUUUGCUAUUGUGCCGAGUCUAACAAAAUCAGUUUCAGCAUUAAUUGUUCAUUUUCAUAUUCCAUACACACAAAUUACAAUUGCAUUUUACAUAAUUAUUAUGUUCUAAAUUAUAUAUACAUAAUAUCUAUAUAUAUAUUUAUAUUAUUAUUGUUAUUAUGUAAAAUCAAUAAUUUAAUUAUUCAGAGUAAAUUUUUGUAAUGUCAUAAUUAUUGUUUACUACAGGAAACAUAAUGUUACUGUUUAAUUAAGUAAUGACAUUAAGCAAUUUUGUGUUGAAUAGCACAAACCUGGUAAUCUGAUACCUAUUUAAAUUGAUAAUGUGUACUAUUUUCUGCUUGUAUAACAAAAUAUGGUUUUCAUGGGAUGUAUAACAAAAAUGAUGUGAUAUGUUAAAUACUAUUAAAUUAAAUACUAAACAUUUUUUUUUUUUUUUUUUUAACAAUAUUAAUUAAUAAUAAUUUUUAGUACAAUAACAAUAAAAGGUUAUCAGACUUCACCAGAAAUAUUGCUUUAGCAUUACGCAUACAUAAAAAUGAAUUAAGUAUGUCAAUAGAUUAAUAUUAAAUAUAUAUAAAUGUGUAUUUUUUUUUUUUUUACUUUAGUCAUGUAGACAAUAUUUGUUAAUACCCUGAAAAGGUUAUAUCCAUGCUGUGCAGUAUGAACUUGUAAAUUUUUUUCUUUAAGGUGCGUUUGUUAAAAGCAAUUGUAUAAGUUUAUUAUUUUAUAAUGUAAAAAAUGAUAUUUCUGUAGGUAAAUUUCACAUGAAUCAAAUUUUUCAUUUUUAAGAUUUUUAACAAACGUGACCUUAAAUUUAGUGUAAUCAUAGUGUAUGUUAUAGUCCUUUUUUAUCGUUUAGAUAUUGUAACACCAUUAAGUAUAAUGUAAGCAUUUUUACAAUAGGUAUAUUGUUUACAAUUCUGUACAUUUAUAUAUAUACAUAUAAUAUAUUAUGUAUGUGUAUGUAAAGACAUAUAAUAUAUAUAUAUAUAUUUAUAUAAUUAAAAUAUUUUAAACCAUAAUUACAUAACCUGUAUAAUAUUAAAAAAUGUAGUUUAAUGUAGGUAAACAAAAUACCUAAAAAUGUUAAAAUGGCUCGAAUAUCAUAACGUAUUAGUCGUGAUGUAACACCAUACAUAGUAUGUAUAAUAAAGAACAAUUUUUUAAAAAUUA